UCGUAAACUUCUACUCAAAAAGUGCGAGAAUAAGCAGGUUAUUUUAUCAUACCGAUAAAGUAAUACCAUGGCUGCCACCGACAAUUACGAGAUGGCUGUAGAUCUGGAUCCCGGAGCGGAUGAAAUGGUGGUUGAUGAUGUCCCAAGAGACGAUACAGAUCGCCUCAAAUCUAAUGCUACGAAACGAAAGGGUCGUGGAUUCUCGGAAAGGCGUGCUGGUGGAGUCGACAAUGACGAAUUUACUUCUGGGCGGUUCGAAUCCUUGGAAGACACUGCCACGGGACAAGCACAAAGAUCUGUUGAGGGGUGGAUUGUGUUGAUAACGGGUGUACAUGAGGAGGCCAACGAAGAAGAUGUCUCAGAAAAGUGCGCUGAAUAUGGCGAAAUUAAGAACCUGCAUCUCAAUCUUGAUCGUCGAACGGGUUACGUCAAGGGUUACGCAUUGGUUGAGUACGAGACAUUCAAGGAGGCCAAAGCUGCCAUUGAUGGGCUUAACGGCAGUACACUAUUGGAUCAAGUUAUCAAGGCCGAUUUUGCAUUUGUUCGUGGGGCAAGUGCUAGCACAAGCGUUCAAGAGCGGGACACUAGGCGGCAUCGUCGUGGUGGUGAUCGUAGAGAUGAACGUCGCCGAUAAGUUGUAAUGGUAGUUGCACGCAUGCGAGGCUGGGGCGGAACCUACCCAAUUGUAGCAUAGUUUGUAUGGCCCGCUUUUGAUCGCUACCUUUAAGGAGAGUCUUUGUGUGGUAAAUGAAUGAUCGGUACUACUAAAGGUGACGCACACGAGCAGGGCGGCUCUUCUAGGUCAUUCUUUUUUGGCUGGAGGGCUGAUGCCGCGGCGAGUGUUUUGAAGGAAUUAUAUUUCAUCCCUCUCCAAUAGACUGUGCUACUAUACGUGCA